CACUCUUCCUCUAAGUCUGGUCUAUAAAUAUUUGCAGUUUCUCUUCUCUCAAUAUCACCUUCUCAUCUCUUAGCACUUUGGUUCAGCUAUGGAGCCUUAUUUUCUUUCUACAUUAUUUUCUCUCAGUAUGAUGGUGAUGUUAGCCUAUGCUGCCUUACCUCCUCAACUUUACUGGAAAAUGAUGCUUCCAACUACGCCGGUUCCGAAAGCAAUCACAGAGCAACUAAGCCUUGCACUUGCAGGAGAUAUUGUGAGCAGAGGGAAGAGUGUUAAUGAUGCCGAAACUCAAUCACAAAACAUGUUCCAUGGUUCUAAGGAGAUUCCACCACAAGAGAUAGGAUCAUUUUUGUUUAAUGUGACUCAACUUCUUGGCUAUGACACAAAUCUUUAUGGGUAUAAAAUUGGCGCUAAAGAGAUCCAACUUCAUGAUGACACAAAUCUUUAUGGGUAUAAAAGUGGUGCUAGUCUUCACAAGUUGCUGCACGAAAAAACAAAAGCCGGUGUUUUUUUCUUCGAAGAAAACCUUCAUCCAGGCACCAAAUUGGAUUUGCAAUUGAGUAAGAGAAAACCUGCAGUCCCAAUUUUGCCUCGCAAAAUCGCAGACCAGAUACCAUUCUCACUGGAAAAGUUGAAAGAAAUAUUGGAGAUACUUGUAGUGAAACCCGACUCAAAGAACACUGAGAUUGUAGAGAAAACAAUUGGUUGGUGUGAAUUGCCUUCAAUGGAAGGAGAAGAACAAAUGUGUGCUACUUCAUUGGAAUCCUUGGUGGAUUUCAUCGCUUCCAAGCUUGGGAAAAAUGUGCUUGCUAUCUCAACAGAAGUGGAAUUUGAAAAGGAAACUCAAUCACAGAAUUUUUUAGUGAAAGAUGGAGUGAAGAAGUUAGCUGAUGAUGGUAUUGCUGUUUGUCAUCCCAUGACUUACCCUUAUGCUGUUUUCUUUUGUCAUAAAUUAGUAAAAACUAGUGCAUAUUUUGUUCCUUUGGAGGGUGAAGAUGGGGCUAGAGUUAAAGCAGUUGCUGUGUGCCACAGAGACACGUCGAAAUGGGAUCCAAAUCAUGUAUCGUUCCAAGACCUCAAUGUCAAGCCUGGAACAGUUCCAGUGUGUCAUGUCUUACCUGAGAGGCAUCUUCUUUGGGUUCCCAAGUAGAGUACUAAUCAAAUUUCUGCUUGUUUGCACACGGGGUUAUUGAAGCUUAUCUGCUAUUAAAUAAGUUCCAGUAAGUACUAUUUAGUUUACAUCCAAACGGUUCUUUGUCCUCCUUGUAUAUAUCCUUAAAUAAGUGGACAGAUCCAUGUAGCAUUAGCUGCACAAUAUCAAUCUUAAAUCCAUGAUGAUGGUUAAA